AUGGGAUGUGUGGUCACGGCUCAUUGCUACUUUGAGCUUUCGGCACAAAAUGUACCAGAUGGAGGAGCUCUCGAAGGAUCGCCAGUUGAGGCAGUCACAGAUGAACACUUGAGGAAAUCUGUCGCAUCGGUGGAGUACAGCUGUCCACACAGAGAGAUCAAGGAAGAGGUGGAAGUGAAGGCUGAGAAUGAAGCUGUAGUUCCGCAAACACCGACACAAGACACAGAGUCUGAUGCGGAACCUUCCGGUUCGGGGACUCCUCUGAGGACAGACGGGGAAGACAAUGACAAAUGGUCAACGUCGGAUAACCAGUCAGCUGGCGGAGGCCGAAUGAUGUCGCCAGGUCGUGGACGUGGAUGUAAACGGAAAAGGUAA